CUGUUCUCGCUCUUCUCCAGUUCGGCUGCUGUGUUGUGCACUCUUACCGAACCUACUACGGAUUUCACUCGGACUAUUGCGCACUACAAAUAUGGCGUCGCGAGCAGUUUCCAAGUCCCGCUCCUCUAAAGACGAGAACCCCAAUCCUCCUAUUGUGAAAUCAGACGGAAAUACGCAAAGUUGUGUCACUCAUGUCCUGCCAUCAAUUCUGCCACCUCCAAAAUUCUGUGUUGGAAUGGAUCUUUCGACCUGGAGAGCGCGAAUGGACACUUACCUAAUACCUGUUCCAGCGGAAUCUAAGGGUCGUUACGUUUUGUCAUUCCUAGACGAUAAAGUAAGGGAUGUGCUGACGGCGAUUGGCCUUCCCCCCGAUGCAGAUGUCGAAGCUGUGUGGUCUGAUCUGGUGAGACUCUUCCCACACGCAGAGGGACGUUCGGACGCACGGCACCAGUUUUGGACAAGAACUCAGAGAUUGGGAGAGUCGGUAGACGCAUACUCAGCCGAUCUUCUGCUGCUAGCCUCCCAUGCGUUUCCCACACGUUCGGCCAACAUCCGAGGCGAAUUUGUUCUGGAAAGGUUCGUUGAAGGGAUUGCGGACCUGGCAACUCGUCGACGUUUCGCGCGCAAACCACCUCUGUCGAUCGAGGAUGCUGUACUCAUUGCCCGAGAAUACGCCGCUGCCGCCCGAAUUCCGGAGAAACCUAAUUCCGUUGAAUGCAUGUUUCUGGCCACUGAGCAAUCACGUCUACAUCCGCCUCCAGCCGGCCAACACUUAGAUGCCAUCAGUAGAGCAGAUCCCGGGGGCUGUUACUUUUGCCAGAGGUUUGGAAAAAUGGCCCGUAAGUGCGGCCACAACAGUCGUUCGAGCUUCACCAGACCGCUACGGAACACACGACACAACAUACAAUUCACGCCUUCCAACUUGGGUGAGUCUCUCGUCGUGCCUUUUAUACAUCACAGUAAUCAUCACUCCCAACCACUCAUUAGAGCUAGUAUUAACGGCAUUUCAAUUCUUGCCUUGAUUGACACUGGAGCUACAUGCACUUUGGUACAACCUAAGUUCUGUUUAGGGCUUCGGCGAUCAAACGUUAACACUCGCCUUUUGACAGCUAAUGGCAGUGAGUUAGUAGCCGAGGGCAGAGUCAUGGCAGCUAUGGUCUUGGGCAACUGCACGGUACACCACUCCGUUGUUUUAUCCUCCCACAUACCGUGGGAUGCAAUUUUCGGCAUCGAUCUACUUAGGAAAAUGAAGUGUCACUUGAAUAUGGCAACAAAUCAGCUUUGGAUUGGAGAAUGCAAAUUACGUAUGUGGGAACAUAACAGUUAUGAUAGUGAUGGUCCAACAGCUGCAUGCAUGACUAUCGAUGAUCAGGUACGAACACUUCUGACACCCGUAGAAGGCAUCAUCCCAAGCACGGCGUUCAGGAGAUUGCACCAACUGAUUCGGAGUAAGGAAGCAGCUUUUGCAUGGGAAGGGUCCUUACCAGGUCGCACCAACACUAUCUGCCAUCAAAUCGACACCGGCACAGCUGAACCGAUAACACAGAGACCUCGUCGUGUCCCUACCCAGUAUCGUGAGGAACUGAGAAAAAUGAUUGAAGAUAUGUUAGACGCCAAGAUCAUCAUCCCAUCGAAGUCACCGUGGUCAUCUCCAAUAGUCCUUGUGAAAAAGAAGAACGGAUCUCUUAGGCUGUGCAUAGACUAUAGGAAACUCAACGACGUGACACGUAAGGACUCAUUUCCCCUGCCCCGUAUUGACGACACUUUGGAGGCCCUUAGCGGAGCUCAAUGGUUUUCUACGCUUGAUCUAGCUUCUGGCUACUGGCAGGUUGAAAUCGACCCAAAAGAUAGAGAAAAGACCGCAUUCAUCAUACCCUCUGGUCUUUACGAAUUUCAAACCAUGCCAUUUGGACUGACCAACGCUCCAGCUACGUUUCAGCGUUUGAUGCAGAUUGUACUUAGAACCUUGAUUCCCAAUCAGUGUCUAGUGUACCUAGACGACGUAAUUGUACACGGCCGCUCGUUAGAAGAACAUCUAGACAACCUCGGGUUGGUGCUGCAACACUUACAUGAUGCUGGGUUAAAGUUGAAACCACAGAAGUGUCAAUUACUUAAGAGACAAGUUACAUUUUUGGGGCACAUCAUUACGCCCUCUGGGAUCCAGAGUGACCCAAGCAAAGUCGAGACUAUCCAAGGGUGGCCGGUCCCGACCUCCGCCGAGGAUGUACGCCAGUUCCUGGGGCUAGCAUCUUACUACAGGCGUUUCAUUCGAAACUUCGCCGACAUAGCUGGGCCUUUGCACCGCUUAACGGAGAAAGGAAGAACAUUCAACUGGACGCCUCAGUGCGCUAAAGCAUUCGAAUUCUUGCGACGGGCCCUCACAAACUCACCGAUCCUAUCGUUUCCUGACCUCUCCCCUUCGGCUGGUCAGUUUAUCCUUGACACUGAUGCGAGCGACACCGGAAUCGGCGCCGUUCUGUCCCAAGUUGGAUCCGAUGGACUCGAACACGUGAUUGCGUACGGAAGCCGGUGCCUGAGCAAACCAGAACGCAACUACUGUGUCACACGCAAAGAACUGCUGGCGUUAGUGGUUUAUACUAAACAUUUUCGACAUCUUUUACUUGGUCAACGGUUUGUCGUUAGAACUGACCAUCAAGCGCUCAAAUGGCUACAGAGCUUCCGCGACCCAGAAGGUCAAGUCGCUCGGUGGCAAGAACUGUUGCAAGAGUACAAUUUUGAGUGUAUCCACAGACCUGGCCGACAGCACUGCAAUGCAGAUGCUUUGUCUCGACGUGGCGGAAAACACCACAUCAAUUGCCCUUCAUGCUCCCAACAUCGGAUAGACAUCGUUUCUCUUGACAACUCAGACAGCACGGAGUGGGCUACCUUGCAGAAGGAUGAUCCAGAGCUAAAACUUAUCUACCACCGGCUGGUCACCGACGGAAUCAAGCCUUCGAGAGCUGAGAUGGCAGGCUUUAGCUGGGAAGCACACUGCAUUUGGUCAGCCUGGUCGCGCCUGACUAUCCACGACGAAAUACUUUAUUACCAAUAUGGUUCGGGAUAUGUCAAACGGAUAGUAGUGCCGCAGUCAAGAGUCAACGCUAUUUUAAAGGAACUUCACGCCGAACUUGGACAUCCUGGUCAGCGAAAAAUGGAAGAAGCUGUAAGUCAGCGGUUCUGGUGGCCUGAUCAGCGGAGAGACAUCGUUAAUUUCUGUAAUAGCUGUCAAGAGUGCCUCCGCGCAAAACCACCCCAACAGCCCCAUCGAGCACCACUGCAACCUAUAGCGACAGGAUAUCCAAAUCAAAUCGUCGCGGUCGAUAUUGUGGGCCCGUUACCAGAAACACCCAGGGGUAAUCGUUUUGUUUUAGUUAUGGUGGAUCACUUCACCAAGUGGUGUGAAGCCGUUCCAUUGUCGUGCACUAAUGCAACUAUGGUAGCCAGAAACAUCUUUGAGCAAUGGAUCACUCGCUGGGGCGCACCGGAGCAGCUACAUUCCGACCGGGGAUCAAACUUUGAGAGCAUUAUCGUAUCGGAGAUGUGUCACCUCUUAAACAUCCGCAAGACACGCACAACGGCAUACCACCCACAGGGGAACGGAGCAGUUGAACGCGCUAACCGGUCCCUGAAAGCGCUCUUGAAGGCCUUCACAGACGAAAACGGGUCUCGAGAAUGGGACAUCGCACUUCCGCACUGUCUCCUGGCGUAUCGUGCAACGAUCCACAGUUCCACUGGUCACUCGCCACAUCUAUUGGUUACCGGCAGAGAGAUGCGGCUGCCAUUUGACCUCACGCUACCACGACUGGCCACUGAUCCACUACUGGCAACGGAAUACGCCACAAAUUUGCGAAACGAUCUACUUCGGGCACAUCAGCUAGCUAGAGACUCCCUCGCGAACGCCCAGAAACAUCAAAAGGACUACUAUGAUCUCCGGGUACAUGGCCAUCCAGUACAGCCCGGACAGUUGGUAUAUCUGCACUGCCCCACUCCACCUGUGGGUACGUCAGCGAAGUUACACAAAGUAUGGCACGGACCGAUUGUGGUGGAUGAAGUUUAUGAUGAUCUCACAUGCAGAGUGACAGAUAGGGGUCGAUCGUUUGUGGUGCAUUUUAACCGACUCAAACCAGCCACGAUGAGCCACCAAGGCGAAGCACGUCCUAACGAAUCAGAAGCACCUGUCCCAGCUGCAACAGAAUGCGUAGAAAUUACGACUAGCCCUAGUGUUAUCGAAACACAGACUGUUGAGUGCGUCGCGGGCGACGCCAAUUUUUUUGGGGGGGAAUGAUGUAGUGGUAUCUGCCAUAUGUGUCUUAUCUCACCAUAUUACGUCUCUUUCUCCACUUUUCACAGGUGCUACGUACGUACCUCUUCACAGUGGAAUGAGCCCGAAGAACGAUGCAGAACAUUAACUCUUUUUAUCAACUGUUACUCACCGAUUCCAUUGUACCCCUUUGUUGCUCUCUGACUCUCUGCGAAUACACAUUCCCGGGCGC